UCCACUUCUUGCAACGCACAACAGUCGAGUGAGAAGUAUUGCAAACUGAGGCAUAUUUGGCAAACCUUAUUUUCGUCAACCGUUGGAAUAAUUUCAAAAUGUUUGUCAACUGUUCCCGUACGAUCAGACACAAAACUCAGCUGAACAGUUUUUUGCAAAGAUAUCAAUCGACUUUGGUAAUUGCUGAGCAUAAUAACGAGGCUCUGUCGACGAUAACCCAAAAUGCAUUAACCGCAGCCAGGCAAAUCGGUGGGGAUAUCACUGUCUUGGUUGCUGGCACAAAGUGCGGGCCAGUAGCGGAGGCUGUAUCCAAAGCUAACGGCGUAGCUAAGGUUUUGAUUGCCGAGAACGACGCCUUCAAGGGAUUCGUCCCUGAAGCCAUAACACCGCUGAUAUUAGCUACCCAAAAACAGUUCAACUUCAGCCACAUUCUCGCAGGUGCUACGGCAUUUGGAAAGGCUUUGCUGCCAAGAGUAGCCGCCAAACUAGAUGUUUCCCCGGUGAGUGAUAUAAUCGGUGUUAAAUCGCCAGACACAUUUGUGAGAACAAUAUAUGCGGGCAAUGCUAUACAAACUGUGAAAGCUAAGGACAGCGUCAAAGUUGUUUCUAUUCGAGGGACUUCUUUCGAGGCAGCGCCUCUAGAAGGAGGGAGCGCCAAGCUAGAGCCAGCACCAGCGGGUGAUUAUAAGUCUAAUUCGGUCGAGUUUGUAAAGCAAGAACUGACAAAGUCCGACAGACCAGCGCUCGCUUCUGCCAAAAUUGUCAUCUCUGGUGGGCGUGGGUUAAAAUCCGGAGAAAACUUCCAGCUUCUGUACACGCUUGCCGAUAAAAUGAACGCAGCCGUUGGUGCUUCUCGUGCCGCAGUUGAUGCUGGAUUUGUACCGAAUGACUUGCAAGUUGGACAGACUGGGAAAAUUGUAGCGCCGGACCUCUAUGUCGCCGUGGGUAUCUCCGGAGCGAUUCAGCAUCUUGCGGGAAUGAAAGAUUCAAAAACAAUCGUAGCGAUAAAUAAAGAUCCGGAAGCUCCGAUUUUCCAAGUCGCUGAUUACGGCUUGGUAGCAGAUUUGUUCAAAGUGGUACCAGAGCUUACCGAGAAGGUGUAAAUUACGCAGAUACUAACGGCGUUGUUUCAAAAAAGGAAAUCAAAAUAUCUUCCAUAGGAUUCGGUCAUUAAACAAAGUUAUCUAAGUCUUGUAUAUUUCAAAAAGCUACCAAGUUUCCGUGUGAGUACUAUUUUGACAAGCGCUGUCUCUUAUAGUAAUUCCUAUAAUAUUAUUACAUAUCGUAUCAAAUAAUAUUUACACAUUGAUAUGAUUAUCCCAUGUUUUCUCGUGAGAAACGAUGACUGGUAAUUCGAGAAAUAGUUGUGAGAACUCGAGCUCCUUUUGCAAAUGCGUAUCUUAACAAAAUGGAAGAUUACUUUAUCAUAUAAUAAUGUAAAUCAUUCUUAUACAUACUUUUCGCUACAAAGUUGUGAUUGAAUGCGUUUAUAUAGUAUGUCCAAAUGUACAAAGAUUAUUCUCAACUUUUAUACUUGAAGCUAAGAAUUUGUUAAAUGCUGUAAAAUAACUGACGAAAAAAAUCUAGGUAUAUUAUUUUAAUAAAUCUUUAUCCGUCAUGCAAUUUCUAUGGCAUUGUUAGAAACUACGUAGAACUUUUACGAACGUAGAAUUUCAUCAGUGACAGGCAAUGACCGGUUUGAUAUUUAUUUCCAUAAGCUUGGACACUUAGAACCACACGGUAUAUGCAAGCACAACGAAAAGAAUAGACGUCGAGGAGAUGGUAGGUAAGAGAUAGAAGUCGGUAGGCAGAGGAAAGCAAAACAACGCGGGAGAAAAAUUCUGCAUGCGGAUUGCGAAGGUCGUCUUUGUUAAAGUACGUUGCACUUAUGCCGCAUCAUUGUCGUAGUUCCCCGUAUAUCGUAUAUGCACAGGCAUACGUGUAUUCCGCUCAAGCGCGUGCGCAAGGGGAGGGAGAAUAAAAUGUAACACGAAAUUGCGAAAAGAGCUUGCAAUAUGUUCGCAAGUUAUCAUUUUCUACCCAGUAGUCGAAUCAAAUGAAACUUGAUCAACAAACGCGAUCGGAACAAUGUGCGUAUUUACAAAUUGGCAAGUCAAACCUCUAAAGCUCUCAGUUUGCAAUACUACAAAUUUUUCAACCUCUGUUACUACUCUUUAAAACUCUGUAGUAAUAAAUAAAUGAACAAGCAAACCGUCCGGAGAGAAGUUGGAGAAGGUUAAACACGAGGCAGAAAUCUCUUGUCAAUGCCGUCCAGUUUGCAGAUUUGCCAAUGCUCUCACGCAUUUCAAUGCACAUAUAUGUACCACACGCGCACUGUCUUGCGCUUUGUACGUGUUGCGCACAAUGACGAACAAAUUUAAGGUGGUGACUCGUGGAUAACGUUAGGUAGUCGUGUUUAAAUGAAAGGGAAAGCGCAGUUUGUGAAUCGAGUCUCAGAACGAAGUUGAAGCCCGGUGCUCCUGCAACUGGCACCUGCGCAGUUCUACGACGCAGGUCGCAGUUCUAGUCCCGGGUGAUUGAAAGUCGGCUGACUUAUUCGAUUUAUGAAUUGAUUAAAAUUGGAUAGGAGAAUAUUUCAGUGGACAAUGAACCGGAGGAACUUGUAUAAACGGUAAAAUACAUAGAAACGGCUGUGAAAAUUUAGACGUCGUCGCCCAGUUGAACGGAGACGUCAGAGCAUCAUAUCGCAUUUAAUGACACCGAGCAACAGGGGCGGGGGGAGGGGAGGGAGUCCUUUAAACGUCAACGGUGAAGAUUAGUGGUAGGAAUUAAGAGUGGUAGGAUAAAUAAGGAUCAAAAUAAGCAGCGAAACAGUACAUAUCUACGACAAUCAAAAUGCUCGAGCCAGUGAUAGGAAUAUCUCCAAUUUGGUGGCUACUAGCUUACGCUAGCGUCUUGUUAUUACUAUCACCUUUGGUUUUACUUGUAGUAUUGUUUUUGCCAAAUUUACCGAUUCUUGUGCUGAGAAGAAUGUGUUACAUACCCGUGGAGCCGAUAUAACCAUUUCACUGAAGCUAUAAGCGAUCCCGAAUGGAAACAAGCCUUCAGUGUAGGUAUCCACCGGAUUCCUAGAUACACAUACUGAGUUUUUCAAUAGAUUGACGAAAUCUGCAGUAAACUCUGCUCUCUGCUGUCCCUGGACGUUGAAGAAAGUGGCGUUAACUCGAUCUGCAUUCAAGAUAGAAUCGUACGCGAUAAUCCAUGUAAUACAAGAUAGGUUUGAUAUUACUGCACUUAAUAUUAAACGUUUGUACAGAGAUUAUGUAAAUAUUCGUGUAAGAUAUUGCUAACUCCAGUUAAAGA